AGCCUUUUAAUUGAUCCAUUACCGCUGUCUCUCCUUUUCUUAUAUAAAUCAGAUCAGGGAUUGAAGUGUAUUCUACCUGGAGCUUGCGCAGUGUCUGGGUCCUUUCUCUUUCUGUUCGUUGCGUCUCGUGGCAAUAUUGAGAAACAUUAUCGUCUGACCAUGUCCGAGAAAUCUCCCUACGAUAACCCCUUUGACGAACUCCCUAACCCCAAGCAGGUAUGGGUUGGGAAGCCAGGGAGUCGUGAAGAAGGGCUCGGUAAACUGGCCAUCUUGACUCCUGAAGUAGUGGCGAAAGCUGCUGCGACACAGAUCAAGACAGGCAAGCGAGUGACCCUGGGCUGGGAUCUGACAAAGCUGGAUUUCCCAAAUCUGAAUCGCCAACCUUGCGAACACAACAUUAUCCCGUUACUCGGUGGGAUAGCCUUUGAUGACGUUUAUACAUUCAACCCUCAACAGAGUAGCCAGUGGGAUGGCCUUCGUCAUUUCUCUCAGACGGUGCCUGGUCAGGAGGAGAGACUGUUCUACGGUGGCACCACCAAAGAAGAGAUCAAUGACCGUAAAAAUCACCGUAUCGGUCUUCAACACUGGGCCCAGGAGGGUAUUGCAGGCCGCGGGGUCCUCAUUGAUUAUGCUUCCUACGCUGAAAAGCGAGGCAUCAAAUAUACCACUUUCUCGACUCAUCAGGUGCGGCUGAGUGAGAUCCUAGAGAUUGCGAAGGAAAGUAAUAUCACCUUUGAAAAGGGUGAUAUCCUCUUUGUUCGCAUCGGUGUUACAAAAGAGUGGGAUACUGUCAUGACAGAUGCGCAGAAGCAGGUCUACUCUGAUAAUAAGAAUCCUCACCACGCGGGAGUCGAAGCCACAACCGAUGUUCUCCGCUGGCUCUGGGAUUCAGGCUUUGCCGCUAUCGCUAGUGAUGCGAUCAGUUGGGAGGUCUAUCCACCUCAAGGUGAUCUGUUCCUGCAUGAGUACGUGAUCGCUGGUUGGGGAAUGCCAAUCGGCGAGCUCUUCGACCUAGAAGCUCUAUCCCGUGUCUGCGCAGAGCACAAGCGGUGGAGCUUCUUCGUGGCAUCUGUGCCACUGAACAUGCCCGGUGGCGUUUCGUCGCCCCCAAACAUGAUGGCUAUCUUCUAGAGUACCCCAUACGGAAGCGCAGGAUUGAGUAGAGACGAUGUCCCAAUUCCACGGUACGUUGUAAUUCACUAAGUACGUAUAGUGCGUGAUUCGCACAGCUUG